UUCCGGCCCGAGGAAACAAUACUCUGCUGUCCUCCCGCUGCCUCUGAACAGAUAUUACUCAUUUCUAACUUGGCUGCUUGCUUGGAGGAGGAGGAGGAUCUCCUUCUACGGCUCCAACAUGGCCGACAUAAAGAACUUCCUGUACGCCUGGUGUGGGAAGAAGAAGCUGACUCCCAACUACGACAUCCGGGCUGCAGGAAACAAGAACAGACAGAAGUUCACGUGUGAAGUCCGAGUCGACGGCUACAACUACAUGGGGAUGGGAAACUCCACCAAUAAGAAGGACGCUCAGACCAACGCCGCCCGCGACUUCGUUAACUAUCUGGUCCGAGUUGGAGAAAUCAAUGCUGCGGAGGUUCCUGCUAUCGGGGUUGGACCUCCUGAAGCAGACCAACCGGACCGAGCAGCAGACGGCAGCUUCGGUACCCUCCCCUCCAGCGGCCCUCUGCCUCCUCAUCUCGUGGUUAAGGAGGAACAAGUGGAAGGUGGUGUCGCCGGCCCGGUUCCUGGGGUCACGGGUCAGGGGUACUCUGGAGGAGGAGGAGCCCAGUGGGACCGAGGAGCCAACCUGAAGGAGUACUACGCCCGCCGAGACGAGCAGGAGGCCCAGGCGACCUUGGAGUCGGAGGAGGUGGAUCUGAACGCCAACCUCCACGGGAACUGGACCCUGGAGAACGCCAAGGCCCGUCUGAACCAGUACUUCCAGAAGGAGAAAACCAGUGCUGAGUAUAAAUACAGCCAAGUGGGACCGGACCACAACAGGAGCUUCAUCGCAGAGAUGCAGCUGUUCAUCCGGCAGCUCGGCAGAAAGAUCACGGCCCGGGAGCACGGCUCCAACAAGAAGCUGGCGGCCCAGUCCUGCGCGCUGUCUGUGGUCCGGCAGCUGUAUCACCUGGGCGUCAUCGAGGCGUACUCUGGAAUCACCAAGAAGAAGGAGGGAGAGACGCUGGAAGCGUUCGAGGUCCAGGUGGCUCCAGAUCUGCAGCAGAACCUGGUGGCGGUCGUCCAGGAGCUGGGAGUCCACAUCCCCCCACCUCCUGUGGAUCCCAGCGCUCCAGUAUCUCUGGUUCAGGGGAAGAUGGCCUCCUUUGAGCCGUCUCAGAAGCAGAUGAGCAGCGGCGUGGUUCCCUGGUCGCCUCCACAGGUUAACUGGAACCCCUGGACCAGCAGCAACAUCGAUGAGGGGCCGCUGGCCUACUGCACUCCGGAGCAGAUCAGCACAGACCUUCAUAGUGAGCUGAUGUACCAGCUGGACCACGAUGAGAACCUGCAGAAGAUCCUGUCGGAGCGAGAGCAGCUUCCUGUCAAGCAUUUUGAGGAGGAGAUCAUGGCGACGGUGGAUAAGAACCCGGUGGUGAUCAUCAGAGGAGCGACGGGCUGCGGGAAAACCACACAGGUCCCUCAGUACAUCCUGGACCGCUUCAUCAAAGGAGGCCGAGCGUCCGACUGCAACAUCAUAGUCACACAGCCCAGACGGAUCAGCGCCGUGUCUGUGGCUGAGCGGGUCGCCUACGAGAGAGGAGAGGAUGUGGGGAAGAGCUGCGGCUACAGCGUCCGCUUCGAAUCCAUCCUCCCCCGACCGCACGCCAGCGUCCUCUUCUGCACCGUCGGUGUUCUCCUCCGGAAGCUGGAGGCUGGGAUCCGAGGAAUCAGCCACGUCAUCGUAGAUGAGAUCCACGAGAGAGACAUUAAUACCGACUUCCUCCUGGUGGUCCUCAGGGACGUGGUCCAGACCUUCCCCGAUGUUCGCAUCAUCCUGAUGUCGGCUACCAUCGACACCACCAUGUUCAGGGAGUACUUCUUCAACUGUCCCAUCAUCGAGGUGUUUGGACGCACUUUCGCCGUUCAAGAGUACUUCCUGGAAGAUUGCAUCCAGAUGACCAACUUCAUCCCCCCGCCGAUGGACCGCAAGAAGAAGGACAAGGACGAGGAGGGAGGAGACGAUGAUACCAACUGUAACCUGAUCUGUGGUCCAGAAUACACGCCGGAGACCAAGCGCUCCAUGGCUCAGAUCAACGAGAAGGAGACGUCCUUCGAACUAGUGGAGGCGCUGUUGAAGUACAUCGAGACGCUGAAGGUGGCCGGCGCCGUGCUGGUCUUCCUGCCGGGCUGGAACCUCAUCUACUCCAUGCAGCGCCACCUGGAGAUGAACCCUCACUUCGGAAGUAGCCGGUACCGCAUCCUGCCGCUGCACUCCCAGGUCCCCAGAGAGGAGCAAAGGAGGGUGUUUGAGGCGGUUCCUGAGAACGUCACCAAGGUCAUCCUGUCCACCAAUAUCGCCGAGACCAGCAUCACCAUCAACGACGUCGUCUACGUCAUCGACUCCUGCAAGCAGAAGGUGAAGCUCUUCACCUCCCACAACAACAUGACCAACUACGCCACCGUAUGGGCCUCCAAGACCAACCUGGAGCAGAGGAAAGGCCGAGCCGGCAGAGUCCGACCCGGAUUCUGCUUCCACCUGUGCAGCCGCGCACGCUUCGACAAGCUGGAGACCCACAUGACCCCAGAGAUCUUCAGGACGCCUCUGCACGAGGUCGCCCUCAGCAUCAAGCUGCUGAGACUCGGAGGAAUCGGAAACUUCCUGUCCAAGGCCAUCGAGCCGCCGCCACUGGACGCAGUCAUCGAGGCGGAGUACACCCUGAGAGAACUGGACGCCCUGGACUCCAACGACGAGCUGACUCCUUUGGGUCGGAUUCUGGCCCGGCUGCCCAUCGAGCCUCGGCUGGGGAAGAUGAUGAUCAUGGGCUGCAUCUUCCAUGUUGGAGACGCCAUGUGCACCAUCUCUGCCGCCACCUGCUUCCCGGAGCCUUUCAUCAACGACGGGAAACGCCUCGGUUUCGUCCACAGGAACUUUGCUGGGAAUCGCUUCUCGGACCACGUAGCGCUGCUCUCGGUCUUCCAGGCCUGGGACGACGUUCGGGUUAACGGUGAGGAGGCUGAAACCCGUUUCUGUGAACACAAGCGUCUGAACAUGUCGACUCUGAGGAUGACCUGGGAGGCUAAGGUCCAGCUGAAGGACAUCCUGGUGAACUCCGGAUUUCCUGAAGAGUGUCUGAUGAACCAGAUGUUCAACACGGUGGGACCGGACAACAACCUGGACGUGGUGGUGUCCCUGCUGACCUACGGCUCCUACCCCAACGUCUGCUACCACAAGGAGAAGAGGAAGAUCCUGACCACCGAGGGCCGCAACGCCCUCAUUCACAAGUCCUCCGUCAACUGCCCCUUCAGCAGCCACGACAUCAAUUACCCGUCACCCUUCUUCGUCUUCGGGGAAAAGAUCAGAACCCGGGCGAUCUCUGCUAAAGGCAUGACUCUGGUGAGUCCUCUGCAGCUGCUGCUGUUCGCCUGCAAGAAGAUCAGCUCCAACGGAGAGAUAGUGGAGCUGGACGACUGGAUCAAGCUAAAGAUUCCCCAUGAUGUAGCGGGGGGGAUCGCCGCUCUGCGGGCCGGGCUGGAGGCUCUGGUGGUGGAGGUCACCAAAGACCCAGAAUACAUCAACCAGAUGGACCAAACCAACGAGAGGCUGCUGAACGUCAUCAGACAGGUGUCCAAACCGUCGGCGGCCGGAAUCAACCUGAUGGCUGCAAACCAGAGGAUGGGAGACGGACCACGGCCUCCAAAGAUGGCGCGCUUUGAUGGAGAAGGAGGGUACCGUGGAGGAAGAGGAGGUUACAGAGGAGGAGGGGGAGGAUACGGAGGAGGAGGUGGGGGAUACGGAGGGUACCGUGGAGGAGGGGGAUACAGAGGGGGAGGUUAUGGAGGAGGAGGAGGCUACAGGGGGGGAGGAGGAGGCGGCUACAGGGGAGGUUAUGGAGGAGGAGGAGGAUACAGGGGGGGAGGAUAUGGAGGUGGAGGUUAUAGAGGUGGAGGAGGUGGAGGAGGGUACAGAGGAGGAGGAUAUUAAACAGAGUGGGACCUCCAGUUUAACUGCAGAUCUUUGUUAAUUAUUUAGCUUGAUCCUCAUCAGGAGGACAGCAGAUCUUCAUUCCUCUGGUUUGUUCGUUUUUAGUCGAGUUAUUCAUGUGAAGUUUAGAAAAAUCUGACCUGCUUUUCCUGUUUCUUGUGAUUUGGAAUCUGAAAAAUAAAACAAUAAAAUGUUUGAUGUC